AUGUGGCAGGCCAGUCAAAUGCCUUUCCCCACGCUUGCCCCCAUGGCUUUCUCCACGGGCAAAGGGAUUUCCUGGAUCUCUGCCCCUGCCUGGCAGUGCUCUUGCACGGCCUCACUAUUUUGCCAUCCUGCUCCUUCAGAGCAGAACAAAGCUCUGAUGUUCACAGACGAGGCUUUGGUGGAGAGCAGCUUUCUCUUGGCACAGGAGCCAGGUUUGCUUCCUGUCAACAAGAGCCAUGAAGAAAUGGCCUUGGCUAGCCUCCAGCAGGUCUGUGUCCCUUUGCAGAGAUUCUGGACGGAAGAUCUUGCUGACUUCGGGCCAGAGACCACCGCCCGUGGGAUCCGCUUGUUCCCGAGGUUUCAGCUCACUGUGGAAAAGAGCAGAGCAGAGGCUGCUGCAGACAAGAAAUCCGCAAUAGAGCGGAAGAUGAGUAGAGGAGUCUCUGUCGGCAGGCUGCUGCCAAAGCGGAAGACACUUACCCCCCCCAUGCUGCUGCAGCGCGAGCCAGGCUCAAGGCAGCAAAAGUUGGCAAAGGAGCCUCCUACCAGCGUGCUCCCACCGUGUGCAGGCAGCUUCCGCAGGACAAAGACAGGAGAACAGAAGGAGGCGUCUACUGCACAGACCAGCACUGCACUCCCUGCCACCGAGGAAUCUAAGAGAGUGCUGCAGGUACUGGCUCUGCCUUGCUGCAGGGACUGUGCUGCUUGA